UACUAGAAAAAAUUUCAGUAUCUGAACUUGCAUAUUUUGUGGCUUUAAGACCACAUAUAUUAAACUUGGCAAAUAAGAUAUUUGAAGGUAAUAAUAUGUCAUCUAUAUCAUAUGCUUCUGUACCAACAUCAUCUGUUCCUGUAUCAACAUCACCUGUUAUAUCACCUAGCGAAGCAAAAUUACUUUUUCUUCAUACUUUUGCAAGAUCGAUAAUAGAUAAAUUUAGUCACAUGAUUAAUAGUGAUCGUGAUAAGCUUAAUACAUUUGCCUUAACAUCUGCAAAAGAAAUUAUUGAAGCUGAAAG